AUAUUUUAUCAUUACUUUUGUUACAUAAUAAAAUUCUUUGUGUGUUCGAAAGAAAUUGGUGAAGUGUGGUCACGUCUCUUUGAUCACCGCCCUUUUUUAAAUGGGGAAAUAAAAUUCAUGCAGAAAGAGUUCGAGGAAAAGCGUGGUGAUCGCGAAGUUGAAAAUCUAUUUAAUAUUUUAGAACAAUUAACAGAGAUAAAAGAUAGUGAAGCUGACAGAAUUAAUAAGAGUGGUGAAACAGGACUGCCAGUAUUUGGAGAAAAGUUGACUCAAGCCUUAAAUUUACUUGAAGAUACUGAAAAAGACUAUCUUGAAUUCCAGAAGGAGUGUGAGAAAAAACGAGCUGUCAACCGAGAAAAAAGGCAAAAAGAAUGGGAUCAGUUUAUUGAUGAUAUGAACUUCAAAUGUCAAAGAAUUGACAACGCAUUUGAAGAAAAAGAAGAAGAACUAAGAGAUUUGUAUGCAGACCUUAAUCAUAAACUAAAUAUUGCUGAUAAUUAACAAUGGACCUCACAGGAUCCCUUAUUGACACCAAUUUGAGAAUAUACCCUACUAAAGCUUUACUGGAAUUCCUUGAUGCCAUUCCAUCAAAGUAUAAUCCUCCUACAAACAUAUUAAAACUAAUAAACUGUACAGUACAAGAUAAAAAUCAAAUAGAGAAAGAAUCAAAUUCAAAACCUAUACAGCUUAAUGAUGAAGAUAUUAAAAAUGUUAAUAAAGUCAGAAUAGCUAUGCAAAUAGAUGCAGAAGAUAAUACAGAAGAGACUGAAAAAAUUGAAAGUGAGGAUGAUAAAGAUACACAAAUAAAAGAAGAAAAUAAAGAAGUAGGUAAAGAUAAGGAAACAAAAACAACUGAGAAUAAAGAUGACUCAUCAAACAAAGAUAAUAACUGUAAAAAAUCAGUGGAACUCAAGUGCCAAGAAAAAGAAAGAGAAAAUGAAAAAUUCCUAACAACAACAGAUAUAGAUUGGUUGUAUAACUAUGUUUAUGAGAGAAGAGGGGAAGGUAACAAAAAGAUUCCAUAUUUACAUGAACUUCUUAAAGGGGUUCAAGUAGAAAUGCCCAAUAAUAAGGUGAUAAAGAGAAAUCCUGUGUUAGAAGCUAGAUGUGUUAAAUUGAGAGCUCAACAAGAGGCAAGAGAAUAUAGAAAAAUGACUAAAAGUGUGGAUAAUGUUAGAAUGAGAUUUCCAGAAGAUAGUAUAAAUUAUCAAUUAAAACAAGUUAACCGCCAAUUGAUCGCCAUCGGGCAGUUCAUUAUUUCCAUAUUUGCUGGAUUUCUAUUCGGCUUCAGAGGAGUUGAGUGGAUGGUUGGCAAUCUGGACUUUGGGUUUCGACUACUUCUUGGUGUUAUGUGUGCUUUAGUCAUUGCUCUUGCGGAAAUAUAUUUCCUAGCCAAGAAGCUGAAUGAAGAGUUGAAUGUUCCGGAAACCGUUCAACUAGGCGGGCCUCCGAAAUUUGCGGAUGAUCCGAACCAAACAUAUGCGCCGACAAAUAAGGCGAUAGAAAAACAACAUCAGGAUUAAAAAUAUACUUUUAUUACAAUUUUAGUGUUAAGUAAUAAUAUAUUUUCCAGCACAAUCUGUUAAAUUACAAGGGCCUGAAAAUGGUUAUAGUUUUGUUCUUCUGACGUUGCGGUUAGUGUCUACUGAAAUAGGGGUACAGUCAGCAACAAAACUAGCUGAACGAAUAUAAAACUUUAAUUACAAUUUUUAAUCAAAAGAAUACAUUCGUUCGUAAAAUUUUAAAUUUUUAUUAAUAAAGCUAAAAUAUUUGUUUGAAUGAAUAAAGUAUAUUAUGGGAAAAAUAAAAUUUUGAAUUUAUUCGGCUAUUAUGUUUUGUUGCUGACUGUACUAUCUUAAAUAUUGUUGCCAUACGGGUGACGAGUCCUAUUUUCUGAUUGUACAGAAAAUAUAACAAUAUUGUAUAUCUACAUAAUACUAUACCUAUAUUUAAAUUUCUAUUCUUUCAGUAAUAAAAUUGUUUAUAGUGCAAA